AUGGCAGAUGGAUCAACCGCUGAUAUCACUGAGACGAACAUGGCGCUCCAGACGUUGGAGGAUGACUGGGGAUGGUUGAAAGAUGACUGGGGAUGGCCGGGAACAAAAAAAGUCCGCCUGGAUUUCGCAUGUAGACAGUCCGAGGCCUGGGUCUACAGGGCUCUCGCAGCUUACGACGCGCGAGAGUCCGAGGUGCUGCACUGGUCCGAAGACCCCAGCCGCAUGGUGUUCACGCCCAGUCGCGGCGUCGGCUUCCUCUCCCUCUCCAACGUGCAGGCCGAAGAUCAGGGGAUCUACCGAUGCAGGGUGGAUUACCGGGCGGCGAGGACGAGCACCUUCUCACUCAAUCUCUCUGUGAUCGUACCACCGUCCAAGCCAAAGGUGUGGGACCGAGACGGAGUGGUGAUAAAAAGCGUAAUCGGCCCGUUGAAAGAGGGCGAUUCGCUUUUCCUCGCCUGCGAGGUUCCUGACGGUCGGCCCCCUCCGACCCUGAGCUGGUGGAAGGACGGCGUCAGCGUGGGACGCAACCAGACGCUGCGAGUGAACGGGAACUCCCGGUCGGAGCUCCUGCUGGAGAGCAUCCGGAGGAGCGACCUCCACUCCGUGGUGGAGUGCAGGGCCUCCAACACGCCGCUCGUCGCCCCGGCCGUCGCUCAGCUCUCGAUCGAUAUGAACCUGGCGCCCCUGUCGCUGAACCUCCACCCCCGUGAAGGGACGUCCAUCUCCGGCGUCCCGAAGGAGUUCAUCUGCGAGGUGGUGGGCUCCCGACCCCCGGCCACCAUCAGCUGGUCGCUUGCCGGGGAGUCGUUCACGGGGAACGUGACGACGAGUGUGCUGCAGUUGACGCCUCACCCGGACGACCACGGGAAGGUCCUUCAGUGUCUGGCCGAGAAUCGGAUCCUCAAAGGGCAGCACAUGAAGGCCAGCAUCCAGCUGAACGUCCUCUAUCCCCCGAUGGCAUCGCUGGCGCUGGGAUCAUCAAUCAGAUCCGCCCAUAUCAGCGAGGGCAUGGACGUGUAUUUGGAAUGCAGCAUCCGGGCUAAUCCACCGCCGAGCCGCGUCAACUGGCUUCGCAACGGCGUGCCGUUGUCCCCGGAGGCGACGGACCGGUCCCUGCUCCUCAAGCGGAUCCAAUGGGACCAAGGGGGCAAGUACACCUGCGAGGCCAGGAACUCUCAGGGCGUCGGGAGCAGCAACGUCCUCCACCUCUCCGUCGCUUAUGCGCCACGCUGUUCGAACCCCUCGCCCCGGACGGAGUACGUCUCCCUGGGGGAGCUGGUGUACGUACCGUGCACGGUGCGGAGCAACCCGAAGCCGUCCGCCUUCGCCUGGGUGUUCAAUAACACGACGGGCGGGGUGGCGGUGCCGCCGAGCCAGUUCACGUCGCACAACUUCUCGAGCGUGCUCAGCUUCACGCCGGUGUCGCAGUUCGACUUUGGGAGCCUGACGUGCACGGCGAGGAACGGGGUGUCGGACGCGGACUCGCGGCCCUGCGUCGUUCACAUUGUCCACGCCGGUAAGUAA